AUGAACGUGAGAGAUCGGAUUCUAUUAAUGUUGGCGGCAUGCUGUCUUGCAUCUCCCAUCGCAGGGAACAAAUUGGCGGCUCUCCAUGAAACAUCCCAGGCGACUCUCGACAACACAGCCAAAUUCUCAGUAGCUGACUGCGGCUCCUCUCUCCCCGAAGCACGGCUAAAAGGUUGCAAAUUCUCCCCCAUGGUAACAUCCUGGACACCGACCGCAUGCUUAAGCUCCGCCCUCGACUCCGAAUGGAACGCCAGCGGACGGAAGUACUUUCUCGAUCAAAACGGCACACAAGAGGCAAGUCACGACGCCGUCACACGCGGAGAUGUUGAGACAUACUGGAUCGACAUGAACACCCAUGUAGCGCACUGUGUAUACGCUUUUCGGCAGAUUUACCAUGCAUAUCAGCAGGGAAAAGGUCUUGGAGCUGUGCCAGCGCAUGUCAUGAAGGAGGAGCAUUUUUAUCAUUGCUUGACGUUUAUGUCGACUGGGAAUUUCUCGGGGGAUGCGCUUUGCUGCGAAUAUCUAGCGUUCGAGAAUGGUAUGGUUUUGGCGAAGGAAGAGGCGACAGUCGGAGUAUAUCGGCGCGAGAAGAAGGGGCGCGCCAGUGGGUGA